CCGGUUAGGUCCUGGCUCCUCGCCGCCCGCCGCAGCCGGCCUGUCCAAGAUGGAGGGCCCUCCGCGGGCGCCUCUCGUCCUCCGCCUGCUCCUGCUCGCGUCGCUGCCGGCCGCCGGGUGUCUGACAGUGACGGGCACCCCGGAGCCACGGCCGCUGCCGCCACGCGCCCUACAGGAUGGCAUUAGAAUUAAUGUAACUACCCUGAAAGAUGAUGGGGAGAUAACAGAAUUACAGGUUGUUCUUAACAUAACCUAUGAGAGUGGACAGGUAUAUGUAAAUGACUUCCCUGUAAAUAGUGGUGUAACCCGAAUAAGCUGUCAGACUUUGAUAGUGAAGGAUGAAAAUCUGGAAAAGCUGGAGGAAAAAGAAUAUUUUGGAAUUGUCAUUGUAAGAAUUUUAGUUCGUGAGUUUCCUGGUGCCAGUUUGAAACGAAUUGUCAUUCAAGAAGAGAUAGUAGAGAUUGAUGGAAAACAAGCUCAACAAAAGGAUGUUACUGAAAUUGACAUUUUAGUUAAGAACCAGGGGAUGCUCAGAAGUUCAAACUACACACUGCCUCUGGAAGAAAGCAUGCUGUACUCAGUUUCCAGAGACAGUGACAAUGUAUUUACCCUUCCUAACCUCUCCAAAAAGGAAAGUGUCAGUUCACUGCAGACCACCAGCCAGUAUCUUGUCAGGAACGUGGAGACCACUGUAGAUGAAGACGCUUUACCUGGCAAAUUACCAGAAACGCCUCUCAGAGCAGAGCCUCCAUCUUCGUAUAAGGUGAUGUGUCUGUGGGUGGAGCAGCUCAGGAGAGACCUGUGCCGGUCCUGGAGCAGCGUGUUCCCAGUGCUCUUCAUGUUUCUGAACGUCGUGGUGGUUGGAGUUAUAGGAGCAUCUCUGGUAAUAACCAUCCUGAAGGUGCUUUUCCCUAUCUGUGAAUACAAAGGAAUUCUCCAGUUGGAUAAAGUGAACGUUAUACCUGUGACAAUGAUCAACCUAUAUCCAGAUGAUCCUGAGAAAGCAGUAAAAAACCUUGAAGAUAAAACAUCUCUUUAAACCUCCAUGUCAAACCAUGGACUCUGAGUGGGUCUAUACUCUAGAGAAAUUGCUAAACUCGUAAAACUGCCAAAAACUUGACCUUUAAAGUGGCAAGUUAGAAUUCAUCUUAUUUUUAACAGGGCUGCCUAUUCAGAUGAUGAAUUGUUAAGGAAAUUUAAAUGGAAGAAAAGACAUAUGAAGAAACUUUGAAAUUACCAAAAAAGAAAAAAAAAAAAAAGGCAAGAUGGAAUGUUCUGUGCUGAUACUUCCCUAGGUGCCUUUAAGGAAAUUAUAUCCACUUAAUGAUAUAUGAGACUUUAUGAAAAGCACUUUAUGGAAUUCUAAUUUAAAAGCUCAAGAGUGUUAACACUUAUUUUUUUAUUCAGUAAAAUGUGCCUUUAUAUUAAGUAUGUGACGGUAUAAAUCACUGAUGUGUAUCAUGAUUUGAUUAUAUCCUGUACGAAAACCACUCACCUUGAAUGCAUAGGAUGUAAAAAAUAGUGGAUGUCCUCAUUCUAAAAUAAACUUUUUUG